AUGCCGACCCUUGACCACCUAUUGAAUCCUGCACCCCGUCUCACAACUUCCUCACCAAGCGCAGACCCUUCAACUGUCACUACUACCACUGCCGUCACCUCAUCUACCACCCUCAUGGACAUGGAUCCCACUCACCCUGACCCCAGCUCUCCCAACUUCUUCGCUCCUGAACUCUUCCAGGUCGACAACGAAGCCUCAAUUACUCAUGACGCUCUCGCCGCCAUUGCUCAGUCUGCUGCAACAGCCCUGGAAGAGACCCACGAUCACAAUGGAGAUCUCAAUAUGACAGACUCAACACACGUCAAACAAGAACAAACAGACACCAGCUAUCCUCCGUUGGAUGAAGAACAACCUCCUGUUACUUCUCUCAAGCCUUCGCCCAAACCAUCUAACCCGAAAUCACGUCCCAAGAAUCCUCCAAAACCCAAAAAGGAAGACUCGCAAUCUGGGCCCAAGUCCUCUGUUCACUCCUCGAAGAACGAAGGCCAACACACCGAUCGAAGAUAUCUCUGCUACCUUUGUAACAAGCUCUUCACCCGCCGGAGAUCGGUUCGCGACCAUAUAUCAAAAAUACACAACACAAAAACCUGGGAACCUGUGCGCAGUCUGGAAAUUGUAGUUGAUCCAGUAACCGGCGAGCCAUCUGAGCCUCUCGAAGACAUCAUCGCCAGAGGUCCUCCUUCUCCUCCCGCGAAACCGUCCGUCCCAGACCAGUCUGAGCACACGGCUGAUCAUGAUCAUGAGAACUCCGACCCAAAGACUCACGACCAUCAGCUUACCGACCAACAAGUUCCAUCACCCGCAAAGACCCACCAGCCAGAUGACAAGUAUCAUCCAUCAGCCCUGCCAAAGUCUCCCCCUCCGGCACCUACGGUCUCGACUCUGAAGAAGGAGCCCUCCAUCGCAGGCUCUAGGGCCUCCUCCACCGAACCAUUCGCCAGUCCUGCUCCUGUCGCGGGCAAAAAGCGACCCGCGCCGAUCGACUCAUCAAAGCCUUCUCCAGCACCCUUCAACAAAAAAGGUCUCGCCAAAGCCAAGCCUUCUCCUUCCUCGCACAAACGAACAAAACUCACAGAGUCUGAGCCCAGUCCAUCUUACGCCAGAUCCAUCGCUCGAUCUCCAAGUGUUACUCCGUCUACUCAACUCAAAACGCUACCGAGUUCGAAACUGCGAAAUCAAAAGUCCGCCUCCAGCCCGAAACUGUCAGGAACUCCGACAUCCUCGCGAGCAGCCUCGGUCGCUUCCCGAUCUCGUUCGCGUUCGGCCUCGGUGGCGGGCACCUCUGGAAGCUCAAAUGACGAUGGUGAGAUCUUCUGUAUUUGCCGCAAGGGUGACAACCAUACAUGGAUGAUCGCUUGUGAUGGAGGAUGUGAAGAAUGGUAUCAUGGCAACUGCGUGAACAUCAGGGAGCGGGACGGGGACUUGAUUGACAAAUACAUAUGUCCCACUUGCAUGAAACCUGGCCUUCAUACCACGUGGAAACGUAUGUGUCGAAGGAGGGAUUGUCGCAAACCGGCACGGGUCAUGCAAGAUCCCCCAAGCAAGUAUUGUUCUGAUGCUUGUGGGAGGAUGUUCUUUGUUGAGUUGGUUCAACGAAGUGAUCCUACCGCGGAGGCAAGCAAAGAUGGUCAACAGAUCAUCGAGAGCACAAAACCUAAAAAGAUGCGAAGGAAACUUGCAAAGACAGAGCUUCGCCAUAAUGUUCCAAAAUCUAUCAUCCCAUUGUCAAACGGCGAUAUCGCGGAUGUUUUGAAUGAUGAGAGCCGCCUUGCUACUCCAGCAUAUAGUGAAGAUGAAAAAACGGACUAUGAGACUGACAGUAGUCUCGACGAUGAUGAGCUUCCAAACCGUGCAGGUGCUUUGAGGGCUGCUGAAGUCAAAGCCCUAGCCGAGAAAUGCAAGACCAUUGAUUCAUGGAGAGAUUUGGGCAAAAGGCCGGACACCCCUCCCAGAGAUGACGACAUGGUGGAUGGUAAUACGAUCGAAUUCGACUUUGAUGAGCUUGAGACGGCCAAAAUGACCAGUAUAAAAGCACAAGCACAGCAAUUGAAUGCUCGAAAUGACUUGCUUGGUGCAAGGGAAGUUCUCCUUGACCUUAUCAAAGUUCGCUCUGCCAAUAUCACAGAUGAAGUCAAGAAGUCGAAUCCGAAAGGCAAAGACUUCUGUGGUUUCGAUCCACGCCUCGCAUGGAGCGAUGAAGAAUUCGGCCGAUGGUAUCAUGACCGAGGAGGGAAAGAUGUACUGGAUGCCGGUUCCAAAGCCAGAAUCGGACCCCCGGACGAGAACGACUUCAUGCCCGCUAAACAGUCCAAUGGCAUCAUUACUACCCACACAGACCCAGAUCAUACAACCGAAGAUGAUGAUGAAGAGGACAAGAAAUCCCUCAAGAAAGGCGGAGUCUGCAUAGUCAAGAAUUGUCAGCGCCACAAGACCUGGGCCAAAGCACAGUUGGCUGAGAUUCGCUUCGAACAAGACUUGGUUCGCAGAUCACUGACUCGUUUGGAAAUGCAAGAAAAUGAGCUCAAGCAAAGAGCUAUGGUCAGGGCUUGGGAGAAGCGAGGAUAA